AAAAGGAAAAUGUGUUACAUAUUAUGGCAACAUAAAAGCUAAGCUGCCGAGUUUCCGAGCAAACCCGAACGUUUUUCUAUUGGAAACCGAAAAUACCCGAACGUAUGAUUAGGUCACGUGGUACUUUUGGAGUCUUCGUGGCGUAGCUUGUUCAGCUGCUCGUCGAAGCGGCUGUCGGACGGUCGCCUGUCAACGAGUCUGCGUACGAUGUAGCGGCCAUUUUUGUUCUUAGUUCAUUACAGUGCGCAUAUUUUAAUGUAUUUAGACGAAUAUUUAGGCAAUUUUCACGAUGACUAUAAUAGUUUUUCUAAUAGAUACAUCAGCUUCUAUGAACCAAAGAGCUUAUUUGGGCGGACGCCCAACAUUGCUCGAUGUAGCCAAGGGCGCUGUGGAAACGUUCGUAAAGGUACGUCAACGUUCCCCUGAAAGCAGAGGUGACAGGUAUAUGCUUCUAACUUUCGAAGAGCCACCCGCGAACAUCAAGGCUGGAUGGAAGGAAAAUUUAGCAACAUUUAUAAAUGAGCUGAAAAACUUGCAAUGCCUAGGACUGACAACAAUGGGCGCUGCAUUAAAACAUGCAUUUGAUGUGUUGAACAUAAACCGCAUGCAGACAGGCAUAGACACAUAUGGCCAGGGCCGGUGCCCCUUCUAUUUGGAGCCUUCAGUCAUUGUUGUUAUAACUGAUGGAGGGAAACUAUCAAGCAAUGCUGGCAUUCAAGAAGAAUUCAACCUACCAAUGAACUGCCCCAUACCAGGCUCGGAGCUGACUCGGGAGCCAUUCCGUUGGGAUCAGCGAUUGUUUUCAUUGGUACUUAGAUUGGCUGGAACUCCGGCAGUCGAGAGGGACUCGGGCCUCGUGCCAUCGGACACGUCGCCUAUUGAUGCCAUGUGUGAAGUUACUGGUGGUCGGUCCUACUGCAUCACGUCACACCGAAUGUUGAUGCAAUGCAUCGACAGCUUGGUCCAAAAGGUCCAGAGCGGCGUGGUGAUCAAUUUCGAGAAGAUCGGACCCGAUCCCCCGCCGAUCGAUGGGGGGACAGUGAAAGAUGGGACUGAACCAGCGGAACCUGAGGUCACUCAUGGGGAACAGGAGAAGGAGAUUGAAGGGGAUAAUGAAAGGAAUGGGCGAUGGAACGGCGGGCCGUACCAAAGCAGCAUGACCACCAACCAAGGUCCGAGUGCACCACAAGCGUGGCACUCCUGCCGCCGGCUCAUCUACGUGCCGCGGACCGUCUCGCAGAAGGGCUUCGCUGUCGGCUUCUGGCCGAUCCCAGAGUCUUUCCGGCCCGACCCUAACGCGCCUACUUUGCCGCCGCGGUCUGCGCACCCCGCGGUCAAGUUCACGUGCUCGAGCCAGGAGCCGAUGGUGAUCGACAACCUGCCGUUCGACAAGUACGAGCUCGAGCCAAGCCCGCUCACGCAGUUCAUUCUCGCCAGGAAACAACCUACCAUUUGCUGGCAGGUGUUCAUAGCAAACAGUGGUUGCAAGAACUCCGAAGUGACCCACCCGUUUGGCUACCUGAAGGCGUCAACGAAUCUCACGUGUGUGAAUUUGUUUGUGCUACCAUAUAACUAUCCGGUGCUGCUACCGCUUCUCGAUGACCUCUUCAAAGUGCAUCGGUGUAAGCCCACUCCGGAGUGGAAGUUGGCUUUCCAGCAGUAUCUAGAUAGGAUGCCUUCAUAUUAUGUCACGCCAUUACGAAGAGCAUUGGCGAAGAUGGGCGCAUCGGCGCCGUUGGUCCAAAGUCUCAUCCCUGACACGCAGGACAACUCACUCAGCUUCUCCGUACUGAAUUACCUCAAAAGACUGAAAAACCAAGCUAAAAUAGAAUUUGAGAAGCUGUGUGCGGAUGUUAUUAAUAAGGCUUCUUCGAAUAAUAGUCAAAAGGUGGCCGAAAGCGUCCGCGUGAUGCCGCGCUCCCCGCUCAAGAAGGACCUGACGACGCACCCGUGCCUCCAGGACAAGUUCUCGGCGCUCCGCGACCAGCUCAACGAAUUCGGGGGCUUCGUAGUCGGCCUAUCACGUGGACGAAACAAAAAUCAGGCGCAUACAUAUAGAAAUCCAUUUGAUAUACAGCGGAGGGAUCUGUUGGAUCAGGUGGUCCGAAUGCGCGCCAACUUCCUGCAGCCGUCUCUGGCGCACACGCGGCUGGUGGACGAGGACAGCCUGCACUCGAUGCCGGUGGCGCAGAUGGGCAACUACCAGGAGUACCUCAAGCGCAUGACGCCGCAGCUGCGCGAGAUCGAGACGCAGCCCGUGCGACAACAUAUGUUCGGGAAUCCAUUCAAGAUAGAUAAGCGCAUGAUGGUGGACGAGGCGGACAUCGACGGGCUGGGCGGCGUGCGUGGGUCGGGCGGCGGCGGCGGGGCGGGCGGCAAGCGCGGCGCCGAGCCCCCGCGCGCCGCGCCGCCCAAGCGCAAGGCCGGGCCCCUGCCGCACGACUUCACCGCGCGCCGCCCCUCCGAGCCCGCGCUGUCCCCCUGCUCCCCCCGCCCCGAGCCCUCCCCCUCCCCCUCCCCCUCCCCCUCGCCGCCCGCCCCCUCCCCCGCGCCCGCCGCGCCGGAGCCGCCGCGCCGCCCCGCCUCGCCGCUCGCGCCCGUGCCCGCCGACCUGCCUUCCGGCCGCCCGCCUGAGGAGCCUCCCCACCUGGAGCCGGGCGGGCCGGGCGUGCUGCCGGCGCCGUGCGAGCCUCCACCUCCGCCGUCGCCGUCCCUGGUGCCGCCCGCCGCGCCCGCCGCGCCCGCGCUGCCCGUCGUGCCGCUCGCGCCGCCCAACCUGCCGCCCGUCGUCAAACCCUUCCUGAAUGGAGACGCGUACACGACGAUGGGCGGCAAGCUGCCGCGCUCGCCGUCGCCCGAGGCGGCGCCGGCGCCGCUCCCUGUGUCGGCGGCGGCGCCCGCGCACGACUCGCAGGAGCUGCAGAUCAACGCCAUCAUACAGGGCAUCGCCGCCGGCACCAACACGCUGGCCCGCCCCAGGAAGCGGCCUCGGAAGAAGGUAGAGAAACCUUCCCCGCCACCACCUGCACCUACUCAACCGACUCGGAAAGAGCUCGCAGACAUCAGGAAACACAACCUCACCGUGAGAUCGGAAGUGUAUCGAGCCGUGCGUCGGCCGGGCAGAGAUUUCGCGAAAUUGUUUGAACAUUUAAAACAAUUAAAAGGCAGUGUUGAUAUUAAAAAAGAACUAAUACGUGAAGUGAUAAACGAAUCGUUAAGGUUCAAAAGAAAGGCUUUAGCAAAACUAUUGGAAGACUUUUUAGCGGGCCUAGAGAAGAACGGUAACAGUGCUUCGGUUAACAUGAAGAGAUUAACAAAUUCCGUGUAUAGUAACUCCACUAACAAUUACAGCUAGUGUUACGUGAAAUUGACGGACGUUCGUGACUUGGAAACACGCCGUACUAAAACUGGAGUCAUAACGUGGGUACUUUAAACCUGGUUAUCGCUGACAAGACAUCUAUCGACAUCGGAUACCUGCGCGGAUAUUAUGGUCGUUUUUGUCUACGUGACAGCGAGAUAAAACGGUGUCCGUCACUUUCUAUCUCGCUGUGUUAAACAGUGACAGUUAUAUCAAGUGGCGUAUCAUCGUAUCACGUGGAUAAAGCCAUCCAUAAUACGCCUACUGGUUAUCGGACAAUGUCGUCGUAUACCGUAAAUGUUUUGCCUUAACACUUAAUAGUGAUAUAAGCAACAGAACAAAACGCUUACACAGUGAGAAGUAAUAUAAUGUGAUACAUGCAAUAAUAUUUACUUAAAAUGUGUUCUUGUUUAAAUAUCCUAAUGUGUAUACCAUAAUACUUUAAGCGUUCUGUGGUCGUCAAAAUGUAUCACUCUGAAUGUUCUUCAGGGCCGUAUUCUGUGACCUACUUUAUCUAUUUGGUACUUAGAAAUACGUGAAUCUUGCUAUGACGCAAUCUGACGCAUAAGUGAAAUCGGGCUCACAAAAAUAAUGAUAUUAAAUAGAUCUAAUAGGUCGUAGAAUACAGGCUCUGGAUUGAGAUAUCCUCCGAUCUAUGGGCCUCUAGUCCUCUUCAUUUACCUAUUUAUUUUAUAAAAGGUAUCAGUGUUAACGACUAUGUAUAGUUGGGUCCCUACGACGACGUUUCCGCCUUUUACCAUUAAUAUCACUAAGUAACUCUUAGUACAUCGGAAGACGUGCCUUGUCUUCCUAAUCUCAUCAGUAAUUAAAUUACCACGUAAGCAUGAUGUCCAAAGCAUUUAUUUUAAUUAAUUGCAUUGAACUUCAUUUUAAACAUGUGUCAGUCUGAGUUUUGAUCAAAUUGGACGCGUUUUAUUGUCAUUUUGUGUUCACAAUGCUAGUUGUAUUGAAAAAGAAGCAAUAUGUAAGUUAAGACGUGAUUCAUUUGUGGGAUCAUUUAAAAUAAAUACCUUGAAAUAAGUACUUAAUUCGUUUGAUGAAUUCAGCUCGAUCUUAACUUCUAUACAUUUAAUUAAAUCCUCUUUUAUUGUGAAUUUUAAAGCACAAAAUGACACUAAAAUAGUGUUCAGAGAUUUGUAAAAAUAUUGUAUAUAAUAAAUAUAAUGUAUUAUACCAAUGAUAAUAUCUGUGUAGGAUGCUUCAAUGCAUUGGUCAAUUGUAAAGUGUAUAUAUCUUUUCUAAAUAAAUUAUAAUCCUUAUUGGAUUUUUA